AUGAACAAGCUCUACAUCGGCAACCUCAACGAGAGCGUGACCCCCGCAGACUUGGAGAAAGUAUUUGCGGAGCACAAGAUCUCCUACAGCGGCCAGUUCUUGGUCAAAUCCGGCUACGCCUUCGUGGACUGCCCCGACGAGCACUGGGCGAUGAAGGCCAUCGAAACUUUCUCGGGGAAAGUAGAACUACAAGGAAAACGCCUAGAGAUUGAACACUCGGUCCCCAAAAAACAAAGGAGUCGGAAAAUUCAGAUCCGAAACAUUCCACCUCAGCUCCGAUGGGAAGUGCUGGACAGCCUGCUGGCCCAGUAUGGAACAGUGGAGAACUGUGAACAAGUGAACACAGAAAGUGAAACAGCCGUGGUCAACGUCAGCCUACUCGUAACCGGGAGCAGGACCAGGCAAGCCAUUAUGAAGCUCAAUGGCCACCAGCUGGAGAACCAUGCCCUGAAGGUCUCCUACAUACCUGAUGAGCAGAUAGCCCAGGGUCCCGAGAACGGGCGCCGUGGAGGCUUUGGCUCUCGGGGCCAGCCCCGGCAAGGAUCCCCUGUGGCAUCGGGUGCUCCGGCCAAGCAGCAGCAAGUAGACAUCCCCCUCCGGCUCUUGGUUCCCACGCAGUAUGUAGGCGCUAUCAUCGGCAAGGAGGGUGCCACCAUCCGCAACAUCACAAAACAGACUCAAUCCAAGAUAGACGUGCAUAGGAAGGAGAACGCGGGAGCUGCCGAGAAGGCCAUCAGUGUGCACUCAACCCCUGAAGGCUGCUCCUCGGCGUGUAAGAUGAUCUUGGAGAUAAUGCACAAGGAGGCGAAGGACACCAAAACGGCAGAUGAGGUUCCCCUGAAGAUCCUGGCCCAUAAUAACUUUGUGGGGCGACUCAUUGGCAAGGAAGGAAGGAACUUGAAGAAGGUGGAGCAGGACACGGAGACAAAGAUCACCAUCUCCUCGCUCCAGGAUCUCACUCUCUAUAACCCCGAGAGGACCAUCACCGUGAAGGGGGCCAUUGAGAACUGCUGCAGGGCUGAGCAAGAGAUCAUGAAGAAAGUGCGAGAGGCCUACGAGAAUGAUGUGGCUGCCAUGAGUUUACAGUCCCACCUCAUCCCCGGUCUCAACCUGGCUGCUGUAGGUCUAUUCCCAGCUUCAUCCAGUGCGGUCCCACCACCUCCCAGCAGCGUCACUGGGGCUGCCCCCUAUAGCUCCUUCAUGCAGGCUCCGGAGCAGGAGAUGGUCCAAGUGUUCAUCCCCGCCCAGGCUGUGGGCGCCAUCAUCGGCAAGAAAGGGCAGCACAUCAAACAGCUCUCACGGUUUGCCAGCGCCUCCAUCAAGAUUGCUCCCCCAGAAACACCUGACUCCAAAGUUCGGAUGGUUAUCAUUACUGGACCCCCAGAGGCUCAGUUCAAGGCUCAGGGAAGAAUCUAUGGCAAACUAAAAGAAGAGAAUUUCUUUGGUCCCAAGGAGGAAGUAAAGCUGGAGACCCACAUACGGGUACCAGCUUCAGCGGCUGGCCGGGUCAUCGGCAAAGGCGGCAAAACGGUGAACGAGCUGCAGAACCUGACGGCCGCCGAGGUGGUAGUGCCAAGAGACCAGACCCCGGAUGAGAACGACCAAGUCAUCGUUAAGAUCAUCGGGCAUUUCUAUGCCAGCCAGAUGGCGCAGCGGAAGAUCCGAGACAUCCUGGCUCAAGUGAAGCAGCAGCACCAGAAGGGACAGUGCAACCAGGCCCAGGCACGGAGGAAGUGA